AUGACCAUGACGAGCGUGGCUGUCGCCCCGGGUAGCCUCGGCGCACCUCCAGCUAUGCUCACCCCCAAGAUGUAUCAUCUGCAGCAGGGCCUGAGCCCGACGUCCGGCUCGCCCACCUCCGGCAAGAGCUACGAUACACUGAGCAAGGGCAAGAAGUCGUGGAGCGUGCGGCUGGGUCUGUCGCGGCAGCAUCAGAGCCACGGGGAUGACCCCGGCAAGGGUGGCUGGGGCACCAUAAGCGGCGGCAGCGUGCUCUCCCGCCAGAUGAUCUACAGCAGCGAUCUACCGUGGCUGUACGGCACGGUCAGAUCGUCGUCGCGGCUCGUCGGGCACGACUCGCCGCGACCCUUCCUGACACCGCCGCCGCCGCCGGGCGCGGCGCCGUUGCUCGUGGUAUGUUCCUGCCCGGAGUUCCUCGCCGGCACCGUAAGGAAGCUCGGCAGCUGCCGCAAGUGCGGCGGCCACCGGGUGGCUGGUCUGCCCCUCGGCGGAACCUGCCGGCUACCGCCGUCCUCGAGGUCCCGGCCGAGCCUCGCCGGUGUGCUGAGGACCGCUAUCGACGAUCCGUAUGACCAGAUGCGACGGAACCGGCUGGUGGAGCCGAGAUCGCGGGCGCGCAGCAUCUCGCCGCACCGGCCGUCCUCGCAGCGAGAUUCCAGGAGCCAGAGCAUGGUAUCGCGGACCGUCGUGAAGGAGCGGAAGGGCACGGCCGAGGGUACGUCGUCAUUGUCAUCAUCCAGAACCGAGUGGUACGAUAAGGAGCCGAGCGCAGUUGUGAGCUACGACGAUCGCAAAUCGCGACCCGGUUUCACCAACGGCAGCGCGUCCUCGGACGAGUGGAUGCUGGACGAGACUCCGGAGAGUCACUCGCGAACUCAUUCCACCGCGACGACGUCCGCCAGGCUGACUCGCGUCUCGAAGAAGCCGACGAGGGAGGUAAAUCAGAGGAGGACCAGCCAGGACGACUGGAAAAACGGGACAGCAACGUCAAUUACCGCGGACUCGCGGAAGAGCAUCCUCGAGUGCGACGUGAAUCCGUAUCUGUUACUGAAGAAGCAGAAGGACGAGGACGAUCUGAGCGACGAUCUGUCGGACAACGCGCUGGAGAAGGACGAUCUUAGAACGCGAUCGUCCAGCCUGUUCGAUCCGUCGAAAGUGAAGUCGAUCGAGAGGAUACCGAAUAGGAGUGCCGUAGCGGCGAUCGGAGGUCAACGGAUCAGGGUGUUUAACGAGAGGCCUAGAGAGAUAUCGGACGACGAUGACGACGUGCCACCGCCGGUCACGAGGAUCCCGAUACCGAAGGUAUCGCCAAAGAGACCGCCGAGGCGAUUGAAGGAGGCCCGGCAGACACUGAAGAGCAUCCUGAAGCGCGGCCGCGUGAUCGAGAGCAAGAGGAAGAACGUGCUCUUCAACGUUGAUAACGUGAUAUUCGCGCCUGAGAAACCGUCCGAGGCGACACGACUCUCGUGGAGCAGGAUCGGCAGAAUCGCCAGUUGCGGCAAGGAGCAGCGGGACAACAGCCCCGAGUGUAAAAGAAAGGAGGAGGAGGCGCCAAUCGUGCCGCAGGAGCAACAGGAGAAACACAACUUCAUCACAAUCCCAAAUAUCAGGGACCCAAAGGUGGACAGGGUCAGGUACAAGGAGCCGAGGAUCGUGCCGGAAGUGAAGAAACUCGCGCCGCCUGGUCCCGACAGGAUCAAGAUAGACAAGUUUGUUCCGUCCAAGAAGUACGAUCGUUUCAACGCGUUCAAGAAGCAAGACAAGAUCGGCAACGAGCCGCGAUCCUCACUCAACAACUCACUAUCCUGCUCGAAGAUCGACGUUCCCAGGGAGCAGGGGAGGAUAUUGCCGGAGGAGAGGAGAUUGUCUGACGAGAGAACCGUCAGGCCCGAGGAUGAGACCGAGCUGGAGAUCGAGAUCGAGGAGCUGAAGGACCGUCUGCCGUGCAUCGCCGUGGACGAGAAGGAUUUGAUCCUAAAGUCCGAAGAGAACGCGAGAAAAGCCUUCUUGACGCGGAGUCAAAGCGACCGGUCGUUCAAUAAACCGGAUAUCUCGGCGGGUGACGUCCUGUUCUCGGAUACGAUGCGCCUCAGUCUCAGCAAGAAGGUUAAGGAAUCCUCGUCGUCGAUGUCGUCGUCAUCGUCGUCCACGCGCGCAGUUUCGCGCGAGGACGUCGACGAAGAGAGUUCGCCGAGAAGAGAAGGCGAGACGGAGGAAGAAACUGGCGGUGAGUUUAAGAAGUCCGAUCGCGAGAUCGAGAAGAACGUCGAGGAGAUUCCCGAGAAGAUUGCCGAUAAUGCCGAAAAAGAGGUUGAACCGUCGCCGGACGCGCGUAGCGAUAUUUCCGACGCGAGCAACGAGCAUUUCCGUAUGAUGAGACCUACGAGCUGGUCUCCGCCGCCCGGUAGGCAGCGGCAUCGCUUCAAGAUCGGCGAUUCUCGCGCGGAUCCGGACGAGAGUCCCGCCAACUCGAUCAUCAGGGAUCAUCGGCGAACGAUCUCCUCAGCGUCGACGGCGUCGUGGAACUCGACGAGCUCCUACGGAUCCUCGAGGAUCGAAAUCAACUCGCCCGAGAGCAACGUGUGCAAGAUCACGGUGAGCCCGCGCUCGUCGCCGCUGGUACAUCGGCUGCAGAUCGGUCCGGAUUCCGGUCAGAAAGGCGCCAGACGAACGUCCAUCCUGAUCAACGGCGAUCAAAAUGCAAACGCGGAAUCGGCACCGGGCAACAAGGUGACCAUCAGCGUCGGCGGUGAAGACAGCGUGUGCAAUCCGACGGUGAUCUCCGUGAACUCGGAGAAUCCGCCGAAGGUCCAGAACUCCGUGGAGAAUCGCACUCUGGUGAUACUCCAGAAUUACAAAUCGAACAUCGUGGUCGAGUCGGGGAACGACGAUUCGCGUUCCAAACAGAUCGGGAAGGAUCACGUUGUCGAGAACGGCGAGACGGGUCCGAAGAUGAACGGCGAGGCACCAAAGUCGUCCGGCGACGACACUUCCUCGCCGUGUCGCCACCACGUGGAACAGCCGGCGGCGAAUUUCGAGAAACAGAAGAGGCUGAGCGUUGAGAUUAAAUCUUCCAAUUCUAAUCAGUCUUCGAGAUUUUACACGUCGGAACACGAAAGAACGGCGCGGCCGGAGUCCAAGGCGCGGUUCAAGGACGUCGAAAGUUCCUCCAAAUUGUCCGACUUGUCCAAGGAGGCUCUGAUCUCCAAGCUGCUCGAAGAUUCCCUACGUAAGGCUCGCGAGAACGGCGAGAUCCUGGACGAGGACAGCGGCCAGGCCAUCCUGAAGAUCCUGAAGCAGAGCUUGCUGAAGAGCAAGGAGUACGAGAGUUCCGAGUCCACUCUGGAAGCGAACUACUCGCGCUCGUCCAGCCUGAACUCGGACGGCGACUUCAUCUCGACGAAUCUCUUCCUCGAAGAGAAUCCAUACGAGGUGAUCAAGGAGCCGAUCUACGAGGAGAUACCCGACGAGCCGCCGCCGUUACCCCUGAGUCCGCCGCCCACGGAGGAUUACAUCAAGGACAGAAUCUACUUCGGCGACGUCGAGUAUUACAAGAAAGUCACGCCGGGCCAGUUCCUCGGCCCCUACUUGUCCGAGGAGGUUUUUAAGAAGUCCAACUCGGAGGAUCUGGCCGAGACCUAUCUGUCCAAGAGUCCCGAGGACUUCUUCAAGAAGAUGUCGACGUCGCCCGAGGACGAGAAUAACAUCUCCACCAAGUUCGAAUUGUUGAGCUUUUUGAUGGAUUCCAAGGACCGCGCGCGUCCCGCGGAGGAGGACGAGGAUGAGGACGAGGACGAGGAGGACGACGCCGAGGGAGACCUGGAGGCUCUGUACGAGCAGAAGGAGACCAGCCUGGGCGAUCUCAGUUCCAAGAGUUCGCAGAUCUCCAACGUGUCCGACAGCAGCGAGGAAUGCAACAUUAUCCUGACGAGCUCACCGGAGACGUUGAAGUCGAGAACGGUCGACAUAGAGAGAACCGACAGCGGGGUCGGGUCUGAAAGCAGCCAAGCCAGCAGCACUCGCUGUGUCGCGAGGCGCUGGAGGACGACGGGCAACAACGUCUCCUCCGGCCCGGGUAGCCUCCUCGGCGGGAUGCCGCAGGUGAUUUCCGGGACCACGAAGCUGUGCGAGGACUGCGAGCAGCGGCUGGACCCUCUAAUAACAGACAGCGGUGUGGUUUAUGCGCCUUUCGUGUGCAGGAAGUGCUCGAAGAAGCGCGCGGAACGGAAAGAGAUUAUCACGGAAAUCGUGGAAACCGAGCAGAAGUACGGCAGAGAUCUGCAGAUCAUACUCGAGGAGUUCCACCGGCCGAUGCUAAGAGCGGGCCUCCUCACGUCGGAGCAACUGUCGGCGAUCUUCCUGAAUGUCGAGGAGUUGCUCGAGCACAAUGCCGUUUUAGCCGACAAAUUAAAGGAGAGCGUGAACCUCGCUCAGGACCACGGGGACGAGGAUCUCCUGACGGUGGACGUGGGCAAGAUCUUCCUCGAGUCGGAAAGGAUGCUCCACGCCUUCGAGAGCUACUGCACGCGUCAAGGGGGCGCCAGUUUGUUACUACAAAAUUUGGAGAAGGAGAAGGAGCUUCUUCGCAUCUUCCUCAGGGUUUCUCAAAUGGAGAACACGGUUUUGCGAAGGAUGAACCUGAAUUCCUUUUUAAUGGUUCCUGUCCAAAGAGUCACGAAGUACCCUCUGCUUUUGGCACGUUUGCUUAAAGCAACACCCUCUGUUCGACCUGACAUCCAAGAAGCGAAAAAGAGGCUCAAGCAAGCACAAACGAACAUCGAGCUACACUUGGAACACAUGAAUGCUGAGGCAAAGGAUGUUACGUCGACGAAAUUGUGGAGGAGAAUAUCGAUUAUUCAGAACGGCAGACGGUCCGUCGGCGAGCAGGAUAUGGUGAAUAUCAAGUUGAGAAAGAUGGCCGUUGAGAUUUUGGAAUGGGCACACGAGGAAGCUAGGUUUGUCCUCGAAGGCCGUCUUCUGGUAGCGCAACCGACUGACAAUAACUGGAGACGCGGUCGAACUGUCAAACUCGCGCCUGUUACUGCCAUGCUUGUCACAAACGGCAAGCCGAAUGCCGAUUAUCCCGAAUUCAACGACGAGUCGCUCUUUCCAAAGCACAUAGGUAUCAAGGAAGCUACUCUACUUCUGGUCAAAGAGAAACUUGGACGAUAUUCUUUACUACGAGAGCCACUGUACCUCGACAAAUGCAUAGUAUGUUGUGAAACGGAUCUCGAAGAUUACUUCGAAAUACAAGAAUUAUCCUCUAAAGAAACGUUUAUAUUUAAGGCAGAGGACGGCGCGAGAACGAAAAGAUGGUGCAGAACGUUACAGGCUCACGCGCAGUCCCUUGGCGCUUGGCGCAGACGUCGUGGGGCCCUUCCUAACAUCAUGAUCUGCGGUGUAGCGAGGAACUAACGACGGCCUGGAUGUAAUAAUAGGUGCACACGUAACAACGCGUUCCAUAUUAACGCAUUCUCAAGCGAUUGAAGCUCUUCAACGGCGCCAAGAAGUCUAAGCGAUUGCAUAAAUUCAUGUACAUGAUCUCCAGAUGAAUUAGCAAUGAUUUAUUACGGAGAGAGAACGCUAGACCAAAGGAUUUCCUCGGCUCGUUGACACGCGGCCGUGUCGAUGAGCAACGCGAAAGUCUAUAGUUCUUACCGAAUCCGAGAUAUAACCGUCUGUGUUCGGUUUGUUACAGUACGUUGCAGAAACUUGAGUUUCCUACGACACUGUAAAAAUAAAAGUGCUACAUGCACCUCCGAGUGUCGCGCACAAUUCCAUCCGAUUCCUAAUGAAUAAUUUUAAGUACAUAUAUAUAAUAUAUAUGUCUGCGUAUAUAUAUAUAGGACUAUUUAAUAUUAAAUGAUUAAACCCUUCAAAAAAAAAAAAAAGACGAGUAGCUGUGAUAUUGACCGGUGUAUUGGGUAUCGUUUUCUUCUCGCAGAUCAUUUACGGAUGUUAAAAGUAUUUUAUCCGCCGCAUUUUCCAUCUGCGAUUCUCUUCACCAGUAUCGCUUCUUGCGAAAAUGAUAUUAAUAGAGGUAGAUUUUAUUAGAAUCGAGGUCAUAGGGUUCGCAGAUUAAUAAGCAUCGGAGAAUUCGCGUGAAUCAGCAGCGUCAUGGAUACAGGGUGCCGUACAUACUACAUAUGUCUCGUAUAAUCGGCAUGCAUCGACAAUUCGUGAAACUGUCGGAAUACACUUAUUUUAAUUCCUUUAUUCCCUCUCUUUCUCUCUGUCUCUCUCUCUUUCUCCAAAUAACAGUAUUUUUACUACGUCUAACACAAGCAAAAUACAAAUUGUACAUUGUACUAUAUUUUUAUUUAAGAAUUAAGCCAUACUGUGUAUGUAUAUAUAAAUGUAUAUUUACAGGUUUCCCUCACACAGUUUCUAACUGAAAUUCAAUUGUAACGAAUUAAUCUGCUGCAUUACAACCUGCGAUUUAAUAAAACUGAGAUUUGAUGCA